AUGUUGGAAAUUGCCCAAGCUUACGAAAAAACUUUUGAGAGAUAUGAUCUUGAAGAAUUUGAUUUUCGGUACGAAAUUGAAAAUGCGGGUUUGUCGAUACCUUCAUCAAGCGAUUGGGAAAGGGUUAGGAAUGUAUGUCAUUUUUUAAAACCUUUUCAUGAUGUUACUUUGAGGAUUUCCGGGACACUUUAUGUGACAUCAAACACAUGCAUUGAAGAUAUAUAUUCCAUUCGUACGCUCUUGGAUGAUGCUAUUUUCGAUUCUAGUCUUUGUGAUAUUGCAUUGGCCAUGAAAGUAAAGUUUGAUAAGUAUUUUGGCGACAUAGAAAAAAUGAAUUUAUUGCUCUACUUUGCUUUGAUUCUUGAUCCGAGGAACAAAGUAAAGUAUUUGGUUAUACUACUUGAGGAUCGUUAUGGAGAAAAGGGGGUGGAGGCCAAAAAGAAAUAUAUCAUGGAUUCUAUGUAUGAAUUAUAUAAUGAUUAUAUUAGAAUUCAUUCUCCAAGUUCUACUUCAAGUACUGCCGAGUCUACCACUUCAUCAUCGAUACUAGGGAAACGCCAAAACUCGGAUUUUAUGGCACCUAAUCCCCCAUUAAGAAAUAAACUAAGAGAAAAAAUGAAGACGAACAUAGUUGAAUCAAUUGGGGAGUUAGAAAAGUAUUUGCAAGAAAGUGUUGAAGACGACUCAGAAAUGUUUAGUAUUCUAGAUUGGUGGAAAGUGAAUAGUCCAAGAUUCCCGGUUCUAUCAUUGAUGGCUAGAGAUGUGUUUGCCAUUCCCGUCUCAACCGUGGCUUCGGAAUCCGUUUUUAGCACUAGUGGGAGGGUGUUGGAUCCGUUUAGGAGUUCUUUGACUCCUAAGAUUGUUGAAAGUUUAAUUUGUACACAAGACUGGAUUCGGGGUAGCAUAAGUGACACAAUUGAUUAUGAAAAAGAUUGGGAAGAAAAUCAACAAAUUGACAAAGAAUUGAGCAAGAUGAAGUAGUGAAUGUGCAAGAAGAACGAGUAGGUGCAAGAAGACGAGUAUAUUUAUGAAUGUCUUUUGGAACUUGAAUGUUAUUAUUUU